GAAUGGGUGGUCUGGGCAAGACUACUCUCACCAGGAAAGUUUAUAAUCAUUAUGAUGUUAAGAAGCAUUUUGAUUGUUGUGCGUGGAUCUAUGUAUCUCAAGAAUAUGAUGCAAGGGAUCUUUUGCAGAGGAUUAUGGGAUGCUUUCUGAUUCACACUGGAAGAGAAAUGGACGAAAUGCAGAUGAGGGAGAGUAUUUUUGAGCAUUUGAAGCACAAGAGAUAUUUUGUGGUGGUAGAUGAUAUCUGGAAGACGGAGGCAUGGGUUGCUUUAGCAGCUGCCUUUCCAGACAUGAAUAACGGAAGUCGGGUCAUACUUACCACUCGCAACAGAGACGUAGCUUUACAUGCAGACAUCCAGAGCUGUGUUCAUGAUCUGAAACUUCUAAAAACAGAUGAGAGCUGGAAAUUGUUUUGUCAGAAGAUAUUCUUCAAGCAAGAUAGCAGUUGCCCCCAAGAUUUAGAGAGGCUGGGAAAGCAGAUUGUGGCAAAAUGUCACGGUCUACCCCUCGCAGUCGUGGUCGUUGGAGGGCUCUUAUCGAGGAAAGCAAGACUCCCAAGUCAGUGGGAGAAGGUACUGAAAAGCCUUUGCUGGCCAUCUGUUGAAGGCCAAGCACAAAUUUCAAGGAUAUUAGCUUUAAGCUAUGAAGAUCUACCCUAUUACUUGAAGCCAUGCUUUCUCUAUUUAGGAGUAUAUCCAGAAGACCACAAGUUCUCUGCUAAGGAGUUGAUUCGGUUAUGGGUUGCAGAAGGAUUUGUACAUUCAGAAGGGGCCAAAACAUUGGAGGAAGUAGGAGAAGAUUGCCUAGAGGAGCUCAUCCAGAGAAGCCUAAUUCAAAUAGUGGAAAGAAGUUUAAUAGGAGGGGUUAAAAGCUGCGGCAUCCACGAUCUUCUUCGAGAUCUCUCACUCUUAAAAGCCAAGGAAGAAAAUUUUCUCAACAUCAACACUGGGGGCGCAAGAUAUUUCUCUCCUAAAGCACGUCGACUUGCUAUGCAUCAUGGCGACUCUGUGAACGCUUCUUUAAGCGACUUCCCUCUGAACCUUCGAUCUAUUAUUUGGUUCAGCUCAGAGCAAUAUCUUCGACAAAAUCAACAGAAGUUAAUUUUCGGAGGCUUUCGAUUGCUUAGGGUGUUACAUCUCAGUCAACGUGGCACACGGAUAGAGGCAGAAAAGGUUCCGAAAGAAAUAGGCACACUUGUCCACUUGAGAUACCUUGAAAUGACGGUAAAUGUGAAUGGAACAGGACAAAGCCUACCAUCGUCGAUGGCCAAUCUACGCAACUUGCAAACACUAGUUGUACGUUUUACUUUUUUCAGACAGUCAGUGCACAUUCCUAUUGAUAUUUGGAACAUGCAACAGCUAAGGCAUGUACGCGUACGGGAGGGGGCAUUUACAUGUGAAGGGUCUACACUAGGCGAGCAGACUGCGGAUGAACUCAGCCUUCCAAGCAACCUACAAACUCUAAGAAAUAUUCUGGCAGGCGACUGGAUAGAGAAUUACUUGCAAAAGCUCAUUAACCUUAGGACACUAAAAAUAGAGAAAGUAGAUUCAAGUAGGCAUGGAGAGGGAUUGAUCGACUCUAUUCCCAAAUUGGACCACCUCCGGUCUCUGAAGCUAACAGGUAAAGAUCUGAUCCCAUUUCCACCAAUUUUAAAUCUGUUGUAUUUGUUUAAGCUGCAUUUGAACGGAAGGUUAGGGAACCUACCCGAGUCUCAUGAAUUCUCACCAAAUCUCACCAAGCUUACCUUGUACGCGUCUAAGUUAAAGCAAGAGCCUAUUAUGACACUGGAGAAACUAGCAAACCUUCGGGUUCUCAGAUUGGAGUAUUAUUCAUACUUGGGAAAGGAAAUGGUAUGCUCUCGACAAGGGUUUCCUCGCCUUGAGUUCUUGGUGUUUAGAGGAUUGUUUGGUUUAGAGGAGUGGAGAGUUGAGGAAGGAGCGAUGCUGAGGCUUUCACGGUUAAAGAUGCAUGGAGCCUAUAAAUUGAAGAUGCUUCCAGAAGGAUUGCAGCAUGUGACUACCCUCAAGAAAUUGGAGAUAGCUGCUAUGUCUCAUAGUUUCACAAAUAGGCUUCGAAAAGAUGAGGGAGAGGAUUGGUAUAAGAUUCAGCACAUACCCUCCAUCACCAUAUAUCCAAGCUAUUAAAUCCUCAGGAGCACCUUCCACCCAAAUAUGCUGAAGCUAUUUCUGAAGAUAAAUAUUGAGAUGUGGGAUUUGUUGCAGACUGAUUCAGGAUAUCUCCCUAGUAAAGCCGGACAUGCCUCAACAAUUGAAGGCAAGGCUUCAUGUAGCGGUAUGGUUGCAGUUGGAUGACCUACAUUGAAAAUUGAUGCUGCAGACAUGCCUCAACAAUUGAAAGCGAGGCUUCAUGUAGCAGCAUGGUUUGAUGACCUACAUUGAAAAUUGCCACCACGGGACAUGCCUCAACAAUUGAAGGUGGGGCUUCGAGAAGAAGAGGGAGAGGAUUGGCAUAAGAUUCAACAUAUACCCUCCGUUAACAUAAAUGAAUAAGAUGUAUAUAUGGUGUUGUUGUGACUAGCAAUCAAAGACGAGCUUUCCUUGUUUGGUGCACACAGUUCAUGAUCUCUCCAAAGCAAAGCGGGUGAGAUUUACUUGUUUUUUAAUCUCUCCUCUUUAUUGAUGCUGUCAACUAUAGUCAUAGCUGUUUUGAGUCUUUUGACUUC